CUAGUGAUUUAGGCUGGAGGGAGAUUGAGUUUUCCUGUCAUAGUCAAGAGAAACUCUGCGUCUGACUAUAAUGCAGCGCGUGUAUAAAUGAUAUUGUCACAUGUAUAUUUGUAUAACUCUGUAGGGAAGAGUCACACAUUCCCUGCCCUAAAGUACUGGCAUUCACUCUCUCUCUCUGCCCUCACACAGCGCCAUAUUUGUUUCUCUCCCUCUGAUCCACUUUGUACUGACAGAUCCUAUGUCCCCUGCACUGGACUCACAGCUUCCCCUUGUGUCCAUGGCAGGAGUGUCAUGUCAGCCUUGAGCACAGAGGGUUAAGAGGGGAAGGGCUGAGGAGGGAAGACUAAGUGACAAGGGCUGAGAAGGGAGGGGCUAAGGAGGGAGGACCCAGCGACUCCUCCUUCCUCUCUGUCCAGGUCCCCUAUGUGUGGACGCCCAUGUGGGAGGACCCAAGUCAGGGAAGCUGGUUUUGGGAGGUGGACUCAGCCAGGCUCACUGCUUCCUCAGAGGGAGGGGAGUCGGCUUCCUCACUAGCUGCUCUCUACCGGCUACUGCACGAUGCUCUGAAAGGCAGGGGCGACAGCAGCUCGUCAUUACCUGCUGCCAAUAAAAAAUGGAUUUGGACACCCCUGAAUCAGACAGAGAGUGAUAGAUAAAUAACAGGAGAAGGAAGCAGCAGAAAGAAGAAACCCUGUGUUCCAGCCACAAGACCUGCCUCAAUUAACAUCGACUGCUUCAGAUUCCACUCUGAGCUUGGACGAGGGGCCUUUGCCAAGGUCAUGAUGGCUACUUGGACCAGCAGGAAACAACGCGUAGCCAUGAAGGUCUCAGAGAAGACACCAGAGACUGAGAUGGAAGUCCGCGUGCUAAAGGUUGCUAAGGGCAGCCCUUUCCUUUGUCACGCCUAUGGGGCCUUUCAAUCAAAGAACCAUGCCUAUAUCAUCCUGGAGUACAUCAGAGGGGGUACACUUAUGGCUGCGAUGAGGAAGACAGGACACCUGAAGGAAGACACCAUCGCGUUCUACGCAGCAGAGAUGAUUUGCGGCCUGCAGUUCCUUCAUUCCAACGGGAUCAUCCAUCUUGACCUGAAACCAGCUAACAUCCUGCUAGACGGAGAAAGCCACAUAAAAAUAGCUGACUUUGGUCUGGCAAUGGACAACAUGGUCGGGAACAACACCACCACAGGCCUGGUUGGAACAUUCAGAUAUAUGGCACCAGAGGUGAUCCAAGGAGAGGAGUACGGCGCAGCAGCAGAUUGGUGGUCUUUGGGUAUCGUCAUCUACCAAAUGGCCACCUCCACAUUCCCAUUUUGUACCACAAAUGGGAAACACCUGUCAGCACUCAAGGACGAGCCCUUUUAUCCCAGAUGGCUCAGUAAAGAACUGGUGGAUCUGCUGCAAGCACUAUUGAAGAAAGACCAGCAUCUUCGCCUUGGCACAACCGGGAACAUCAGGAAGCACCCUUUCUUCCAUCAUAUUGACUGGGUGAAACUGGAAAAUCGCCAAGUACAACCACCUUUCCAGCUAGCAGUGCGAUCAGUUGAGGACUUCUGUGACUCCGAUGGAGACUCUCCAUUUUUUUCAAGGAAUAAGAUCAGGAAUGGUGGUAACAGAGUCCUAGAGGAUUUCUCCUUCCUGGAUCCCAGCCUCCAGGAGUAAGUGCCAUGUGACAUCCAAGGCCUUCAACUACAGUCAUCUGCCCCAGUUCCGCUGCUGCGUAGAAACCAACCAUCAUCAUCUGCUGCAACUGUCUAAAAUUAACACCCAAGUCUUUUCUGCUGACUUCCAAGGAGGUGACCGAUCCAUUAUAUAGAUCAGGAUUAGUAUAUAUAUUUUACAUUUUAUUGGGUAUUGUGGGGACUUAAUUUAUUAUUACUUAAUUUAAUUCAGUAGGUAUGUAGAAGUGUGUAUAUAUAUAUAUAUAGAAUACAUUUUAUGAAUUGGGUAUUGGGUGGAUGUAAUGUAUUAUUAGUUGAUUUAAUUCAGUAGGUAUGUAGAAGUAUAUAUAUAAUAGAUUUUAUGAAUUGGGUAUUGGGGGGAUGUAAUUUAUUAUUAGUUGAUUUAAUUCAGUAGGUAUGUAGAAGUAUAUAUAUAUAAUACAUUUUAUGAAUUGGGUAUUGGGGGGACGUAAUUUAUUAUUACUUGAUUUAAUUCAGUAGAUAUGUAGAGUGUAUGUUAGAGUUAGGCUAGGAUGUUUUUCUCCCUUAACAGGUAAUUAAGAAGAAGAUAAGGUAAGAGACAGCAGUGAAUGGUAAUAUUGUAUUUAACCACCCUAAUAUUUAUAAAAAUCUUUUAAACCACAUCCCAAUUAUCCAUCACAAUCAUUUGCACGCAGACAUGCUUCCUAAAAACUUUGGACCUCAUAAUAAUAGCAUUAAAAGUGUAUCCAUGUAACAAAAACAUGUAGAGUGAGAUGAGUAUGAGCCAUGCACAUCAUGAAGCCCAAAAUCAGAUGUCAUUGAUCUAUAAAUUCUGGUUCCAACAAGCGCUGCUACUGACACUAAAGAUCUAAAUAAAAUAAUAUCUAUUUAAGAUUAAACACUUGCAGUUCAUAAAGCAAAGAUUAAUAGUUAUUAAGGUUAAUAGGCAUAAAUAAAAUGAAAAUUGUCCAUAUUAUUAUUCAUUUAAAGAUAUUUCUAAACUUCAUGGAUAGCUCCCAUUUUGUGCCAGUGACUAUAUGGUUAAUUGACUAUGCAUAUGGCUUCAUCAAUAGACUCCCCUCUGCACAGUUAUCUCCGCACCUCCAUUAUAUUUUAAAGCUUUGCAACAGCAAGGUCAGCUUCUAAACCAGGUUUAUGUCAUUUCCCUAUUAGAACCUUGAUAGUCAGCUUCCCCAGCUUUAAAUCUAAAGGAAAGUAUAAAUAAAAUAGAAAGAAAUGUAAAAAAAUAAAUAUAAAUUGUACAAUCUGUCAGAAUUACCAGCAAUUCCAUUCAGACACCCCUGUUGUUAUGCACCUGCCAAAUUUUGACUCAAAUUCACCCAGCAAGGCCUCCCCAUUAAACCAAGUCUUCCCCAGGAACUGCCUCAAAGCACAUCACUCUGUCCCUACUUAACAAAAGUAUUCCACCUCCUGUCAAUUUAAAAAAAAAAUCCAUUAAUUCAGUAAAACAAGCAUUAUUAUUACAUUAUUACACAGCAUUAUAUCAUUAUCAUUUAUUUACAUAGCGCCAACAAGUUAUGCAGUGCUUUACAUUAGAUAACUAACAGGGAACAAAUAGUAAAUAACAAACAAUGGUUUACAGAAUACAAUAGGAUUAGAGGGCCCUAUUCGCAAGAGUUUACAAACUAAAGAGUUAGGAUACAAUGACACAUAGGAAUUUUAGAAAGAAAUUUGUGAUCUAUAAUAUGACUGACUAAUUAAGAUACAUUGAAUAAGCUUCCCUAAGCAGGUGGAUCUUUAGGGAGCGUUUGGAAGGAAGGAGAGAGACAACUGGAGGCAGAGAGAGUUCCAGACAAAAGAAAAAGCCAGAGAAAAGUCUUCCAGACGAGAAAGAUGAACGAGUCAAGCAGCACAAGAAACAGAUUGCAGUAGUCAUUAUACAUAGUUUAAAAUGCUUAAUUUUACAAUA